CAUUAAGAUAACAAAUCGUACAUACGUUUAAUCGAGUGGUAAAUUAUUAAUGACGAUAUGAAAUCAUCACGUUCACCAACAGUGAAUACUUAGACUCGAUUUACCUACUGAAAUGGCACCUGUUCUAAUAUCAAUAAUCGUUUAAAAAAUUAUUAUUGCUUUGAGAUCACCAUGUUUUUCGGUAAAGGAAGAUUUCUAGUUGCUUCGACGUGUACGCAAUGUCGCCGAUUCACCUCGAUAGGAUACACCAGACGAGGUGGAUUUUUACCUUGUGUUCGAAACAUUAGUUACAAAAUUCACGGAAAUCACGUGGAAAUAUUUCGAGGGGAUGCUCAUCGAACGCUGCAAACGUCCAGUCGUCGUCCGGCUACAUUCGCAGAUCGAAGUCAACUAAAGUAUGUGAGGAGAUUAGUCGUUAAGUUGGGUAGUGCUGUGAUUACUCGUGAAGAUGAACAUGGAUUAGCUUUGGGUCGACUUGCUUCCAUUGUUGAGCAGGUUGCAGAAUGUCAAAUCGAAGGCAGAGAAUGUAUAAUGGUUACCAGUGGAGCGGUGGCUUUCGGAAAGCAGAAGCUUACUGAGGAGUUGCUCAUGUCUUUGAGCAUGAGAGAGACUCUAUCGCCUAAAGAUAAUAGGAGAGAGAAUGCUGUCACUCUGCUGGAACCUCGUGCCGCCGCCGCCGUCGGCCAAUCCGGACUGAUGUCUCUGUACGAAGCUAUGUUUGCUCAAUACGGCGUAAAAGUUGCUCAAGUUUUAGUCACAAAACCCGAUUUUUAUAACGAAGAAACGCGCCGAAAUUUAUUCAGCACAUUGUCCGAAUUAAUUAGUCUAAAUAUCGUUCCUAUUAUCAACACCAACGAUGCAGUUACACCCCCUCCGCAAAACGACGACAGGCCUCCGGGUGCAAAAAAGAUAAUCGCCCUCAAAGAUAACGACAGCUUGGCAGCCAUGUUAGCAGCCGAAGUACAAGCUGACCUGUUGAUCUUGAUGUCCGACGUAGACGGUAUCUAUACAGCUCCUCCUUCUCAAGAAGGAGCCAAAAUGUUAUCGACUUUUACCCAAGGUAUGCAAAACGAAAUCCAAUUCGGUAAAAAAUCCAGAGUGGGGACUGGAGGUAUGGAUUCCAAAGUCGAGUCAGCUUUAUGGGCUCUAGAUCACGGUGUUGGUGUUGUCAUCUGUAACGGUAUGCAAGAGAAAGCAGUUAAGCAUAUUUUAGCUGGUCGCAGACUGGGUACUUUUUUCACUGAGAAUGUCGACACUCAAAGAACCCCGGUCGAAUUUCUCGCCGAAGAUGCCAGAGUUGGUAGCAGAGUAUUGCAAAGUUUAGCACCUGCAGACAGAGCUCAUGCUAUCGACACAAUGGCAGAGUUGCUCAUCAAAAGACAAACCGAGAUCUUGGAUGCCAACUCGAAAGAUUUGGCUGAAGCUACAAAAAGUGGUUUGGCGAAACCUCUGCUUUCAAGAUUAUCUCUAAAUCCAGCUAAACUCAAGAACUUAUCGACAGGUUUGAAGCAAAUCGCUGAAAGCAGUCACCAAAACGUAGGCAGAGUUUUACGUAGAACGAAAUUAGCCGAUGGUUUGACCUUGAAACAGAUCACAGUUCCUAUUGGUGUUCUAUUGGUGAUUUUCGAGUCCAGACCUGACUGUUUACCACAAGUAGCAGCUUUAGCCCUGAGUUCAGCCAACGGGCUCUUGUUGAAAGGCGGCAAAGAAGCAUCGCACAGCAAUAAAAUGCUAAUGGACGUGGUAAAAGAAGCUUUAGACAGCGUCGGUGCAGCUAAGUCCAUGUCUUUGGUGUCAACUCGCGAAGAAAUCAGCGAUCUGUUGUCGAUGGAAAAGCAUAUAGAUUUGAUUAUACCUCGAGGAUCCAGCGACCUCGUAAGGAGUAUUCAAGAACGAAGCAAUCAUAUACCAGUUCUCGGUCAUGCCGAAGGCGUUUGCCACGUUUACGUCGACAAAGAAGCUGAUUUCCGAAAAGCAAUUAAAAUAGUUAGAGAUUCCAAAUGUGACUACCCUGCUGCCUGCAACGCUAUGGAAACUCUUCUUAUCCACGAAGACCUCUUGGAUGGAUCGUUCUUCACCGAUAUCUGUCAAACGCUCAAAGAAGAAGGAGUAACCAUCUAUGCUGGACCUAAUCUAUCAAAAAGACUUACUUUUGGACCACCGCCAGUCAAGAAGCUCAAAUACGAAUACGGAGCUUUGGAAUGCGCGAUUGAAAUUGUCAAAGAUUUAACAGACGCUAUUGCUCAUAUUAAUACCUACGGUAGCAGUCAUACUGAUGUUAUUGUUACCGAAAAUGAUGAAAGUGCCACCAAGUUCCAGAGAGAUGUAGAUAGUGCUUGUGUAUUCCAUAAUGCCAGUUCCAGAUUUGCAGACGGAUACAGAUUUGGAUUGGGUGCUGAAGUGGGUAUCAGCACAACGAGAAUUCAUGCUCGAGGUCCAGUCGGAGUUGAAGGACUGUUGACUACUAAAUGGGUAUUGUCGGGAGAUGGCCACGCCGCAUCUGAUUUUAACGAAGGAGGCUGCCAAUUUGUGCACGAAAAGUUACCAAUUUCUUAAACGUACUUUUGUAAUAAAGCAGUAUUUAUGUAAUAAUUUAUAUUUUUAAAUAUGAUAUUAUAUGUAAUUUAUCAAGGCAAAUAUGUGGUAGGUAAGUACAUGAAAUAAAUAUAUUUUCAUAUUUUUUCA